AUUGUCAAAUUCAAAUUGUCAAUUAUCGAAUAGGCAUUUUUGGUGUUUGGACGUUGAAGUGUGUGGAUUAUUCUUUAGUUUGUGUUUUGUAUUUUAAUAAAUUUUAAAAUGGCACAACAGUGGAAUAUUUUAAUAUUAGUAGUAAGUGUAGUAAUUACUACAACGGUAGCCUAUGAGAAGUCUGAUAUAGCUUCGGCUCGAAUUGAGAGUUGUAGGGGCUGUUCCCUUAACCGUUUACCUGAAGUCAAAAGUUUUGUAAUGGAAGAUGCACCCAAAUAUGAACGCUUAGAGGUUAAAUUUAUUACCGGGGCGGAUCCUGAGCUCAUUCUGUUGGACAGCAAAGAUCGCGAGUUGGAGCGCAUCCUUCUCUCACGCCUGUCUCGUUCCGAAUGCAAUGACCUCGUACAAAGCAAGGGUUUCUCCAAGAAAAUAACAAAUUCUGAAUUUUAAAAUAUAAGUGAAAGUAAAUGAA